AUGUCUGAAGUUAAGCAGAGGAAAAAAGGUACUUCUUCAUCCAAGACCGGUGAAGGUUCACAAAAGGUUGAGAAGCACAGUAAUUGUGGGAAGCUGGCGAGUCCCAGGACCAGCGAUAAUCGGUGUUCCUUUUGGAUGGACUCACGGACAAGCUUGAGCGUAAUUUCCCUUGCUGUUUGCCUAGUGCUAACCUGGUUCCUAUUUCAGCAGUCAGGUCAAUUUGCUGAUAUGGAAAAAAAGUACAAUUUCUUACAGCAAGAAGCUGAAAAAUUCCUGGACGUGGAAAAUAAAGUUAACUUAAUUUCUGGAAAGUGUGAAAAGACUUGGAACUUAAUGGAACAGCUGGAAGAUCUUGAAAUAAUUUCUCACAUUAAACAUCUGAAGGAAGACAUUUAUACAAUGAAAACAUGGUCUAGCAGCGUAAUUAAAAAACAAGAAGAACUGCAGAAGAAUUUAACAACUCUUUUUCAUGCAGUUUCAAGUGUUGAACAGAAUGCAGUUUCUCUAGUAAAAAAUGUAACUUUGACGGUUGUGACAGUAAAAACUGACAUAAGGCGUGUUUCAGGCCUAGCCUCAGAUAUGACUGCACUGACAGAUUCUUUGCAAACACUAGAAGAUAAAGUAGAAAAAGGUGAAAAGAAAACAGUAAAAAAUAUAGGUGACCUGCUUACCAGUAGCAUCGACCGAAGUACAAAACUACAAAGCUUGGCAUCUAGUAACGCAAGAAAAAUUGAGCAAAUUAAGACAGCAUUAUCUGAGUUAAGGAGUGAUUUUAACAAGCAUGCGGAUAGACUUUUGAAUCUUGAAGGUGACAGAGCUAAAGUUCUGAAGACGGUUACAUUUGCAAAUGAUUUAAAACCCAAGAUGUACAAACUUAAAAAGGAUUUUGCUGUCUUGGAGCCAUUAAUAAAUGACCUAACACUGAGAAUAGGAAGAUUAGUGGAGGACGUAUUACGACGGGAGAAGGAAAUUGCUUUACUGAAUGAGAAAUUGGCCAAUCUAACCAGAGUUCAAACUGAGAUCAAAGAUAUGAAAGAUGAAAUAACCAAGAUUUCAGACAUGAAUUGAUCACUGUGAAAUAUCACUGGCUAAAGAACAGUAGUGUUUGAGGAGUGUUAACUUCAUCACAUGUAGUACUAAGAAGACAGACAAUUUUUAAAGGCUUCAUUU